AUGUCUGCAUCCACGGGCGAAGCCGAGCUCAGGCAAAACAGUCACUCUGAAAACUCUGCAACCUCACCAGAACACCAAUCAUCCCCAAACUCUUGGACGUUGGGAGAUCGUACAUCGAAUGACCAUUCGCGGGCAAAAUCUCCUCACCAAACCGCAUCGGAGGAGCCCGAGGGACAUGACCAAAGCGAUAAGGACAGUUUACAGGGUAGCACCGAGAAAAGUAAACCAAAAGACAAGGUUAAAGCAAAUGCGACGGCCGAGAAGUUCAAAGGGAAAGAGAAGGCAAUCGAAAAGGAGAAAGUGACCUCUCCUCAGAAGAAGCCCAUGCCAAACCGCCGAUCCUCCACUCGCUUGCAGACCAACGACAACUCAUCCUUGUCCAUCCUUUCCGACGACGACGACCCCUCACCACCCUCGUCAGAAUGUCUUCCGGAUGAUCAGGCUGCCAUUGCUGACGCAUUGAAGGUUCAAAUACUGGGGAAGAAGAGGUCGACGGCUGUCGUGGCGUCUGCUCUGAACCGCAACACGCUUGCUCUGGGAGGUCAUCAAUUAGAGCUGGUAGAAAUACAACGCAAGAACGAAGAAAGGGUUCGGGGUGAAAUCGGGGAGCUGAGAGUGCGUGUAGAUGCACUGGAAGUGUCUGGACUGGGUGCCCACGUAGACGAAUCUGUCAUCUCUGACGGAUCAGGUUCCCCGAAAGUGCCUGCAGCGUCUCUCCUACGUGAUAUUAGGACGCGUAUCAAGGCACUUGAAGGCAACAACCAUUUGCUAAAGGACGGUGUAGAUUGGAAGCGGACCUUGGACAAGGAAUUUCGUACGCUUAAGGACAAA